AUGUCUCCGAUACCCCAUCUCCCAUCUGACGAGGAAAUAACCGCAGCAGUAAAAAAACAUCAAGAGGAGCAGAGCAGGUUACCAAACAUCAAUGAGCGUCCUCUGACCCGCCGUCUACCGUUAAUACAGGAUGGACGGCCAGCUGCGUGGCUCAAGUACGGGUGUCAAAUAUCAGACCUCGCGGCAGAGGCGGAUACGCAAGAGUUUAUCUACGACAGUAUAGCUCAGCAGCCUUAUCUCCGUGAUCGAAUUCGUGUACCGGAAGUAUACCUGUUUAUUGAUGGGAGGGAUCUAGAAGUUCCUGAAUUUCUUGGAGUUAUCGUGAUAGAGUACAUCUCUGGACUAACAAUCACGGAAGCACUGAAAGGCAAUGCGGAUGAGGAAAAGAAGAUUCGUGUUUGGGACAGGGCGGUCAAGGCUCUUGACGCGUUGACUGAGAUUCGACCAGAGCCAGAUCAGAGACCAGGUUUUGUCGGUGGCCGCAGGAUCGAACAUCCAUUGUUUAGCAGAUUCCGGGAAUACGAAACCGGGCGGGCACCGGAAGCCUUUGAAUCUGUAGAGGAAAUCCAGACCUAUAUCAACAAGGAAGUCAACUCGCUAAAUGGGCCAGAUACACCUAACCUCCAAGAAAAGGAUCUCAUAUUAUGUCACUGCUAUCCCUUCCCCUCAAACUUCAUAAUUCCAUCGAACGAUGAUACUAGCCCAGUUUGUGUAAUAGAUUUCGAGCAUUGCAUGUGGCUUCCGGUCAGUUUCAUGGGAUGGGCAUUUAUAAUGGAAAAUGGGCUCAAAUUUAUCAACUACAUAGAGCAAAAUCUGGAAGUCCUGAAAACGCCUCAAUAUAAAGGUAAUAUCAAGACUCUUGAUUUUUUCUGGGAGAUGAGAGCACCGAAGAGAAGAUUUUUUCCGCGAAAGAGAAAAUUGUCGAGUUUGUCGUCUGAAACGGCACGGGAUAGCGAGGACAAAGAUAAUGCGAGGGGGAAAUUCAACAACUGA